AUGGCAGAUGCUGCAAAUACAAAACUCAAAUAUCAUCGGGGAACAUGUUUUGGAUGUCGGAAAUGUUUAUAUUGUGCAAAAGAUUUACACUAUUUUACUUGUAGCUGUAAAAAAUUAUUAGUUCCAAAUAAGAAAAAUAGGACCACUGAGGUUAAGCAUGUGUAUACAUGCUUUUUUGAACCUACUUGGGCAGCUGCAAA